UACGAUGGUUGUUUUUUUUUUUAUUUCAUCGUUCCAGUCCACACUCCAAAUCAGUAGGUGGCGGUAAUGUACACCUAUAGUUGUUUGCCAACCGCCAAAAACAAAGAAGAAGGAGCUUUUUCAGAGAGUUCAGCGCUGUUCAACAUUUCCUGUGACCAAAAAAAACCUUAGACCUGUCUUGUGAGGCCUUAAGCUGCCAACCAGAGAACUGGAAGAAGCGACAGCCUGCGAGGGAGCAGUUAGCAUCAGAGCUAACUGAGAAGCUAACGGCCAGAGAAGUUUCCUGUUAGAGGAAAAGGGAAAAAGUGACUUCUCAUUGAGAACACUGGACACUUAUUGGACUCUGGGCUGUUUGGAGGCUUUUCUCCGAGGAACUAAAGCGAGUCUGACGGUUCUUGCUGAUCAAUCUGCCAGUGGCCAAGAGAGGAACUUCAUUAUUAACCUGAAGGAACCAAACACCAAAGACAUGAAAGAGGAAGAACCAGAACCUCAAGGAAUUAAAGAAGAACAGCGUGGACUGUGUAUCUUUCCAGAUGAAAAGCAACUUGUUAAGCAGGAGACAGACACCUUUGUUGGGUUUUCUGCUUGUGACAAACUAUUUCAAGUUGAACCUGAACAGCAACAGACGAACGUGACAAAGAAGGAACCAGAACUUGUACAUAUUAAAGAGGAACAUGGGGAUCUCUGGAGUAAUGAGGAUGAGGAGCAGUUUGUAGUGAAGCAGGAGGCUGGCACCUUUAAGGUGACUCCUCUGGAUUUAAAAGAUGACACAAAUAACCCUGAAGAGAAAAUGAACCAACUUCUCAAUGCAGACUCCCCUGAAGGUGAGAAGCAACAUCAGCAGGAUAAUAAUCACGAAGAGUCGGGAUCAAACACAAAUGAAGAGCUAAAGCGUAAAAAGAGACGAGAGAAAACCAAAGAUCACAGUGAUGGUUCAAAACUAAAAAGACAUAAGACCAAUAAACCUUGUGAAGUAUGUGGUAAAUGUUUCACUAAAUGUAGAUGUUUGACUAGUCGCUUGAGAGGAGAUACAGUGGAGAAAUCUUUCCUCUGUGUGCUUUGUGGAAAAGGUUUCCCUGGGAAAAGUAAGUUGAGUAUCCACAUGAGAGCCCACACAGGGGAGAAGCCUUUCUCCUGUCCAACCUGUGCAAAACAUUUUUCCUGUAAAGAUAGCCUGACUAUGCACAUAAAAACUCAUACAGGCGAGAAGCCUUUUUCUUGUCCAACUUGUGCAAAAGAGUUUUCCCGUAAAGAUUACCUGAGUAAACAUGUAAGAACUCAUACAGGUGAGAAACCUUUCUCCUGUCCAAUUUGUGCAAAAGAGUUUUCUCAGAAAAGUAAUCUGAGUAAGCACAUAAGAACUCAUACAGGUGAGAAACCAUACGCUUGUGAAAUGUGUGAUAAAUCUUUCAACGAUGGUAGUAGUCUGACUUGUCACAUUAGAACUCACACAGGUGAGAAACCUUUUUCUUGUCCAACUUGUGCAAAAGGGUUUUCCCAGAUAGCUCACUUGAAUAUGCACAAAAAAACUCAUAUGGGCAAGAAUGUAUUCUCAUGUGUGAACUGUGAGAAACUGUUCUGCAACCAAAGUAAUUUGAUGCGUCACAUGAAAGCACACACGAAUGAGAAACCACAUUCCUGUAAAGUCUGUGGUAAAACUUUCUGUAAAAAAAGUAAUUUAAACGUUCACAUUAGAACGCACACAGGUGAGAAGCUUUAUUCUUGUAAAGUCUGUGAAAAGUCUUUCAUUAAAGGUAGUCACUUGGCCGCUCAUAUCAGAACUCACAAGGGUGAGAAGCCACAUUUUUGUAAAGUCUGUGGCAAAUCUUUCAGUAAAAGAAUUUAUUUACCUGUUCACAUGAGAACUCACACAGGUGAGAAGCCAUAUCAUUGUGAAGUGUGCGAUAAAUCUUAUAUUUCUUGUAGUAAUAUGAAUAAACAUAUGAGAACUCACAGGUGAGAAGCGAUAUGCUUAUAAAGCGUGUGCUCUGAAACAGAAACCCACAGACAAGCCUUUCCUGUGUCUGAUGUGUAGAAAUGUUUCUCCAAGCAAAACAACUGUCCAUGUGAGAGUCCAUGGCGAUGACAGACCUCACUCCUUAGAUACAUAUUAAAAUCAAUGACUUAUAAAUUAGCCAAAUAAAAUAAAAAAUGGAGCAUAAUAAAACAAAUAAAGCCACAGAAUAGCGCAAAAUAGGCAACUGUGACACAUGCAUAUGCUCUUUUUGAAGACAGGGCAAAUCAGCAAUGGUGAUGGUAAAGUGGUGAAUUGGAGCCAGACUGUGCUUGCACACAAUGCAGCGUUUGAAUGUGGAGCGUUCCAUCAGCUUCCUAAAAUGCUUUUAGCAGUGGUUAGUGUGGGGUUCGUCAUCGUCGGGGGUGGGGGCGUGACCUCUUAUUCCUUCUGGUCUCACAGCCUGAGAAGGAAUUUAAGAAAGCCUGAAAACGUCUUCAGCUGUUUUGGCCCAUGUAAAGGCUGCCUGAACUUUGUGAGUGGAAAUGUCAUGCAUUCAACAUGCAAACUCAGAUGCUGUGUGAGCAGAACCACAAAUGGGAUGCAAUGUUUGCACAGAAUCACAGGCCAGUUGCUAUUCCUGAACUCCCAGGUGGGAGGGUAUAGAUCUUGUAGAAGUUGAAGCUUGGCUUUGACAGAAUUGACCACAAAUUUAGCUGUUUGGAUUCGCGAUUGAAACAUAUCCAGUGAGACGGACAAUUACUAUGGGUUAGCUAGGAAACAAGUGCCGUUGUCCAAACUGACUCCCUGUGUCAAUCUUGGAAGGCCAGCAAUCUCAAUUUCUCCUGGAUUUUAUGUAAACAGGCUCUGCCCCCACUUUCUAUAACAUCUGUGACCUGGAACGGAGGACUA